CGACAAAAGGCUGGUUGUACGCGAACCACAAUGCCGCAUUUCAGCGCCCAGCGCCCAGUAUCUUAUUGUUGCUCGUCUAUUAUCAACCUUGAAUGGUACUCAUCCACUGCUGAUAUAUACUUGACUUGUACUUGGCUUGCUUCUCUUGUCUUACUUGACUGUAUCCUUCAUCCACACGAACAACAUGAACGCACGUGAGUUAUACUUUCUGACUUGCAUAGUUUUCGCUCGCGCCUCAUUGAAGCGCACCUCUCGCACUCGCACCAGAAAGAACUCUAUUUCAAUACCAUCAGACGCUGGCUGUCCUCUAUCCCACUCAACCCACACCAGACCUCUUCCCCUCCAAAUCAUUCCAGAGCUAUCAGAAAAUGACUUCGAAUUCGACUCAACCCCGCUCUCCGUUCCCCAACCGGAUGUCCAUCUUAGACCUUCUCCGCGCGUCACACUCUCCGCCUUCGCAUUCUCCAUCGACGAUGCAUUGCUCAUGCUCAAUGAAGAGCCUCGUUCACCCGCUCUCUCCGCAUCCUCUUCCACCGAUGACAGCAACACCAGCGGGGAGAUGCCUGCUACCCCAGGUGUAUCAGACGACGAAGACAUCUGUGAGCUACGUCUCCCAAGUCCCCGCCUGAGGCCCAAACGCAUUACCAUUCGCCCACUGUGCAUAACCAAGACCCGUUCUAUUGUCUGCGCAGAUGAAGACGAUGUCGCAGAGGUCAUAGAGAAGGAUACCGAUGCUCACAGUCUCAUUGAGGGACACGAAGAACAGGAAGACGAGUAUGACUUCUACACACGCCAGUUCCAGGACUUUAUCUCCCUAUACUCACCUCUGCCUUCUCCUGCGCCGGUCUCUGCACCACCAACCGCCCGCCCCGACUCUGUCAUCCUCUCACCCGAGGUUGCACCCAAGUUACCUGUCGAGGCACCAAAGCCCCGCGGACGCAGUCGGUUCUCAAAAGCCCUCCCACUCCUUCCUCUCCCUACGCCGCCCCCCUCCUCGGCUGUACCACCCGUUCCACAACUUCCAGUCUCAGUGUCGGCGGUCCGCAGGAAACGCGUCAUCCCACCCGUGCCCAUGUACCCACCUCCCCCACCACCAAUCAACAGCCGCCCCCCUCCUCGUAUGGCUGUCCCAUCUGACAUCGAAGAGCUCGACAUCUCCUUCGAAGACGAGUCUCCUCGCCCAAUCGUCAUCGAACAAGUCUGGUUCGACGACGACGAGGAAGAAUCCAUCUACUCCCAACCAUCCUUCGUCCCAGCCCAAGAAUCCAUCCACCCCAUCUCACCCGCAGUCUCCGAAACCCCCAUAAAUGAGAUGUACCUCCCCCGCGCAAGUACCGACUCCGACACCUCCCGUUCCUCUCUCGACUCUUUCUCCUCCUCCUGCCACUCCUCCUCUUCAGAAAGCAGCCCCAUCUCCCCCUUCUCAUUCCCUCCCACCCCCGCUGAAAAGACUCACCAACUUCGCAGUCGAUGGAGCUGCUCUACGAUAUCAUCGUUUGCACCUGAACCUCCACGCACGCUUCUGAGUCCUUUGCGCGGGGUCUUUGGGUCGCGAACCAAGCGUCCGCCUCCGAUCAUGUCUACGCCUCCUCGCACGAGGGUAUCACCCACCAACACACCGACACCGACACCAAACCGUGCUCAGAGUCCGUACAAAAUGCCUUUGACGAGGAUGGUGUUCCCGGCGACGCCCUCACCUCCUAGCACACCUCAGGCUUCGCCCUCGCGCCAUAUCCGCCGCCAAAACUCACGCUCGUCGACAUCUUCUGCGGCGUGGUCUGAAUGCGACAGCUGUGAGUCUGGCGGGAGCGGGAGCGGGUUGAGGAGGAAGCCGAUUCCUGUUGAGAUGUUUUUGCGGGCUUGAGGUGAUGUGAUGCGUGGUUCGUUGAUUCGAAUUUCCUGUUUAAUAUCUUUGGUGGGUUUCAUUGAGGGUUUUUUUGUGGUUUCAAUCCCCUGCACUUUUGUUUUUGCUUUGACUUUGCUCUCGUUGACGACGACGAUCGUAAUUAUUGUAUCUAUUAUCAUCACUCGCUCAUUCACGCAUACAUAUACGCAUACUGUAGUCUCUCACUUGCAUUCAUUCAUUUCAUCUUGUCUUUCGUUGUUUUUUAUCGCACGUCUUUCAUUGAUCUCUUACACGUAUACGUCUUUCGUUGAUCCUCUCUGGCAUGUUCUUUUACACUACCUGUCCCGCCUGUCUGUCCUCUAGCAUAGUCCCACUCUUGUAGCUACUACUUCAUAUCUGAUGCCUUGAAAUGAU